UCGGCUUGUUUUGAGGUUAUAAUUUUUCCUUUCCAUAACAGUAAAAAUCCGAGCACCGUUUUAAAAGAAAAAUACAAAAUUAUGAAAUAUAUAUAUUAAAAGGAAAUAACAUUGACUGACCGAAUAUGAAGCCUUCUUUGACAACAAUAUUAGCUACGCUUUUUUUCUUCGUCAUUGCUCAUUCUAUCUGGAGUAUGUUUAAUGUUUGGAAGGCUCCAGUAUGUAGUCCUACUGAUAUUUGCUUCCAUUCUUAUUUAAACGACAACCCUCCCUUGGAUAUGGUAAUCUACGUGGACGAUAAGUUAGAAAAUCCAGUCUUUUAUAUUAAGGACUUUGACUACAGGAACUCAUUUGAAGAAAAUAUCGAAAUUGAUAUCCCUAGAAAGGUGCGUCGAAAUGGGACAAUGUACAUAAACUUUUUGUUGUUACCAAGUGGUAAGAAUAAUAUGAAGUUGAGAACAAGUGAAUUGAAAAGACAUGAGAAUCGUACAAAUAUAAGAGGGAGAUUAACUGAGUUUGCUGUACCGCAAAGUGCUGCUUUUAAUUUAUUGAAGAAUAACAAAGUUAAACAAGUAUAUAAACCUGUGACCCAUAUAAGGUCUAAAUAUUCAGUUAUGAUGUGUACUGAAGAAUUGCAUUUACCACACAAAAAUAUUCCAUUUGAGAUAGCGAAGGAAAUGCGUAUAAAUAGUAGGUCUAGAUUUUUGCCACUUGUCUCACUUGAUUUUUUAAGUUUGAGGUUACAGGAUUUAGAGGAAGUUACUGAAGAUACUCGAAGUGUAACUUUAAAAUUUGCUUACAAACCUAUAUCUUUGGGCAAAAUGAGAUUUGUUUUACAAAUGGAGGCUUCUUUAAAACAAUUUUUAACAUUGGGAUUCUCAGACAAAGAUCUAGAUGAAGUUAAAGGUGUUUUUGCAGACACUAAUUUAUAUUUAUUAUCCGCUACAAUGAUUAUAGGAACUGUACAUGUGUUGUUGGACUUUUUAUCAUUCAAAAAUGAUGUUAGUUUUUGGAAGUCACAAACAUCCAUGGCUGGAUUAUCUACAAGAACUGUAUUAUGGAGGGCAUUUUCUCAGGGAGUUGUAUUUUUAUUUCUUCUUGAUGAAGGCACAUCAUUGUUGGUUCUUAUACCUGCUGGAAUUGCAACUUUGAUUGAGGUAUGGAAAGUAUCUAAAGUAUGUAAAACAAAUGUGUCAAUUUCAUUAAGAGGCUUUAAGUUCAAUCAUGACAAUACAGAAUCUGCUGCUGAAGCUGAAACCAAAAAAUAUGACAAAGAAUGCAUGAAAUAUUUAAGUUAUUUACUUUAUCCGUUAUGUGUGGCAGCUGCUAUAUACUCCUUACUGUACCAACCACAUAAAAGCUGGUAUUCGUGGACACUGAACAGUUUAGUAAAUGGAGUUUAUGCUUUUGGAUUUCUUUUUAUGCUUCCACAAUUGUUUAUCAACUACAGGCUUAAGUCUGUGGCUGCACUUCCUUGGAGAGCCUUUACAUAUAGAGCAUUCAACACAUUUAUUGAUGAUAUAUUUGCAUUUAUAAUAACGAUGCCUACAGCUCACAGAGUUGCUUGCUUUAGGGAUGAUGUCAUUUUUCUAAUUUAUUUGUAUCAAAGAUGGUUGUAUCCCGUGGAUAAUUCAAGAACUGAUGAUAUUAGCGGAGAAGUUAUAUCAGAGAAGAACAGCAACAGUGCUAAAGCCAAAAACAAGAAAGAAAAAUAAGAGAUUAAAAUUAUUUUAGAGUUUAUUUUUUUAUUUAUGUUAUUAAUAGUAUAUUUUUAAUUUAUUAGAUUAUUUUUAAAAUAAUAUUUCAGAUUUUUAUAUUUUUCCCGUUUGUAUCUGUAAUCACUCUUAAUACAUUCCAUUGGUAUACAUGGUAUUUACAUAAAAAAAUAUAGAUGUAACUGUGUUAUAUGUUCAUAUAUAUAACUGGAUUAUAUGUUCUUUAUUUGUAAUUUAUUAGAUUAUUUUUUUAAAGUAAUAUUAUAUUAUUUCUUUUAAUAUUGCAUUAUUUCUCUCAUUUAAAUUAUAUCUGUAAUCGCUCUUAGUACAUUCCAUUGGUAUAUAUACAUGAUAGUAUUUACAUAAAAAUAUAGAUGUAACUUUGUUAUAUGUUCCAUAAAUGGAUUAUAUAUGUUCUUUAUUUGUAUAAUUUAUUAGAUUAUUUUUAAAAUAAUAUUACAUAUUUUUAUAUUUCUCUCAUUUAAAUUAUAUCUGUAAUUGCUCUUAGUAC